AUGAAAGCCCAAAUUCAUUUGAUUAGAGCUCAACGUGGUUCCCUCGCUGCUGUUGAUUUGCUUUUACAGCAAGAAGAUAUUAAUAUUGACGCUCAAAAUCGACUUGAGCUUGAAACUCCACUGCAUAUGGCAGUUAAAUAUACUGAUGAUCCCUCGAAUAAGAACAAACAACGUCCUAUACAAUUGGUUGAUUCAAAUAAUCAAGAAUUAAGGAAUUUACUUCAAAAAGCGACUUUGGCGCUUCAAAUGGAUACAAGUGAUAUUGCGCAAGAUGAUUCAAAUGAGGACGAUGAUCCACCAAGCGAUGAUCUUAGUGAUGAUGGCGACGACUAA